UGUCCCACUUUAAGAUAAAGCAAAAGCAAGCAGCUUAGGGGAAAUAGAAAAGCAAAAGAAGAAAAAGAAAAACAUGAAAGGAAGAAAGAAAAGAAAACAAAAGCAAUAAAGAAAGAAAACAAAGACAAAAGGUUCUCAAAACUCCAUGAUUAUUCAAAUUCUCUCAAAAACAGUACCGAGCACUGCUAGUGUUCCCCCUACUUAAUCAGAACCUCUCAAACAACCUUCGAUCGGAACAACGUCUUCCUUUUUCUUCUGUAGAGAUCAUACCAAAAUUCAGAAAGCCAUGAACAGAGGUGUCUUGCAAAGCUCACCGGUGCAACAAAUGAUGGCUGCAAACCCUAACAAUUGGUGGAACAUCAACACCAUGCGCCCUCCUCCGCCUUCUCCUCCUCCUCCUUCUCAGCCUUCUUCUCCGUUCUUCUCCACUCCUUCCAACUUUCUAACUCCGUAUAAUACCUCUUCAUCUCUUCCUCUUCCUUCUUGGCAUGAUAACAAUCAAGAACUACCUGAGUCAUGGAGCCAGCUUCUCAUGAGUGGGAUGGUGUCUGAAGAAGAGAAAGGGGCUAUGUGCCAGGUUCAGCAACAAAUGCUGAGUCAGGCUUCAAGGGUUCCUAUUGUUGAUGUUAAGCAAGAAGGCUCGGUGAACAGCUACGUGUACGGUCAUGGAAACGAAGAGUUUCACCCAGCAAAGCCAACUUGGCCUCAAAUAGUGCCUUCUUCUUCCCCAAAAUCAUGUGUAACAAGUUUCAGCAGCAGCAUGUUAGAUUUCUCUAACAGUAACACAGAUGCUAGGCCUCCUCCUCCAGACCCAUCAUCAGAGUGUAAUAGCACUGCAGCUGGUGGGGCAAUCAAGAAAGCUAGGGUUCAACCGCCCACAACGCAGACGACCUUCAAGGUAUUUUUCAUCCAAUGAAAACUAUUAUACAGAAACUUCCAACCUCGAACACUUUUUCAGGCAAGCCAACACACAUAACCGCACACAAACAUCACAUGUGUGUGGCUGGUCACUAUUGUUUUUCUUGAUUGUCUUGUUCCU